CCUCGACCUCCCAGGAAACAACCACCUCGACAUCCACUCUCCGGACCUCGACCUCCCUCCUCCCCAACCCUUUCGAGUUCCGAUUGUCGUAUCUACCACCACCAACAUGUCCGCAGACGAGGAGAAGGCAAAGAAGCAACGCGAGGCCGGCGAGAGGGAGGCAGCCAGACUCUGGCGCGCAUGGCGAACAGUCCACGAGAUGGUCCAAGAUCGCGGCUACGAGCUGACCGACGAAGAAGUCAAGAUCAGCUUUGAUAACUUCAAGUACAACUACGCGUCGGAUGGGGAGGAGGAUAUCAUCGAUCGCAAGAAGAUGAAGUUCUCCGCCCGUCCCUCUGAUGCCAUGAUGGUCAGAUACUCCAACCCACCUACAGCUGCAGACCCCAACCCCGCCAGCCCAGACAUCGGCACGAUCUGGGUCGAGUUCCUGCCGGACUCCAGCGUAGGAAUCAAGCAGAUGCGCGCCUUCGCCCAGUACCUGACCAGCCACAACUUCCACACCGGCAUCCUGGUCACCAACGUCAAUAUCACCCCCGCUGCACUCAAGAUCAUCCCUGCCGUUGCGUCCGAGACGAGAAUCGAGUGCUUCGUUGAGCAGGACUUGCUGGUUAAUAUCACGCAUCAUGAGUUGGUGCCUCAGCAUGUUUUGCUUAGCAAGGAGGAGAGAACUGCCCUGCUGCAAAGAUAUCGAUUGAAGGACACGCAGCUCCCGCGAAUUCAGCUGGGCGAUCCUGUUGCGAGGUAUUUUGGCUUGAGACGCGGACAGGUGGUCAAGAUUAUUAGAAAGUCAGAGACGGCAGGGCGAUAUGCCAGUUACAGACUUUGCGUUUAGGGGGCAAAGGAGUGUUUGGGUGGGAAGGAAUGAGAAAUGGAGUUUAUGGCGCUGGUUUAUUUGGCAAAAGCAUGCAUGGGGGAGGGCGUCUAGAUUGUGAGAUAACUACUGCGACUUUGCGGAUACCAAAAUAAACUGUACCAACAAAAGUGAUCCUCUUGGUAUAUGUACAUGACAUGUGAUAUUGCAGAAGAAAGGAGUCUGAGAAGAGGUACUCAAUCAGGUUGAGGGAGGCGCUUUAAAUUGGAUCCUUCUCUAUGAUUGUCAUCUUGAAAAUUGC